AUGGAUAAGAGAGGUAGGAAGGAACUCAGGAGCAUACGCCGUGCCAAGCGGACGAAGAUAGAGCCUGAAGCGGAUGCUGGAGUAGAAUCUUCGGGUUCGGUAUUGGAAGCUGGACCAGCUGUUGAGGAGAAGGUGCAGGAUGAUGGGGAGAAGGAGGACGACAAGGAGCAAGUAUACAAUGCUCUUCUGACCAUCUUGAAGUCUGAGCACAAGGAAGAUAAGGUGAAGACUCACAGGGAUCAUGACGAGGAAGAAAGUGAGGCAGAAGAAGAGGAACAGGCUGAGGACCAGUAUAACGAUGCGUUUGCGGAUGGAGAGAGUGACGAUGAGGAUGACGAUGAGGAUGAGCAAGCGCAAGAGCAAGAGGAAAUUGAGUCCGACGAUGAGGAGAAGGAUCCGUUUGAUACACAUUUCAAUGGUGAGGAGGCUGCUAAACAUGGUGAAGCAUUGGGCAAUGCAUUGAAGGACAACAAACUGCGUUAUAAAUCGAUAAAGCUGAAGGUUGGAUCCGCUGAUGAAGAUCAAGUUCAAGAAGAUGCUAUAUUUUCUGUGCCGUACAUAGAAGGAGAAACACCCAAGAUCGAGGAUCCCAAGCUGAAGUGCUCCCUAAGUUCGUAUUUCUUGAAGAAGCGGUUGCGUAUACAGAACAACUUGCUGGACACUGAGUCAAAUGCGUUGACAGAUCUACAGCGCAAAAUCGUCGACCCAAUGAUGCAGUACAAAGAUAUUCUUUACGAGUACGACACAUAUGGCAAGGACGAAGAUGAGUAUAGAGAUCUCUAUACAUUACACGUUCUAAACCAUGUUUACAAGACUAGAGAUAAAAUCAUCAAAAAUAAUCAGAAAUUACAGGAUAAUCCAGAUUCAGAGUUUCUCGAUCAAGGUUUCACCAGGCCAAAGGUUUUAAUCAUAGCACCAACAAGAGACUCAGCAUAUCAAAUAGUAACAAAGCUCAUUGAGAAAUCUGGUCUAGAUCAAGUGGACAAGAAGGGUAAAUUUAGAGAUCAAUUCUAUGAUCCUUCAUUCCCACCUAGUUCUAAGCCAAAAUCCUUCCAGCAUAUAUUCAAAGGUAACACCAACGAUUACUUUGUUCUAGGUGUCAAAUUCACGAGAAAAGCUAUUAAGCUUUACAGUAACUUCUACCAAUCUGAUAUUAUCGUCUGUUCUCCAUUAGGGCUUCAAAUGAUAGUUGAGAACACAGAUAAGAAAAAGAGGCAAGAUGACUUCUUAUCAUCGGUGGAAGUGACCAUUAUAGACCAAUUUCAUUCCAUAGAAUACCAAAACUACACACAUUUGUUCACAAUAUUCGACCACCUAAACAAAAUCCCACAAGAGCAACAUGAUGCGGAUUUCAGUAGAAUAAGAAUGUGGUAUAUCAAUGACCAAGCGAAAUUCUUCAGACAGACCAUGAUAUUUACGAAAUACAUAUCACCUGUGGCCAAUUCUCUAUUGAACAUCAAGUGUAGAAACUUGGAAGGAAGAUGGAAGAACCAUAAGAUUGUGUCUUCUGAGGACUCAAGCGUAGGGACUGUAGGUCUUAAGGUCAGGCAAAUUUUCCAGAGAUUCAAUGUGCUUGGCAACUCAGUGGCAGAUGAACCAGACUAUAGAUUCAAGUUCUUCACCAGUGUGGUCAUAUCGAACAUUACCAAGUCCACGGGAUACGAUGAUGGUACCCUGAUAUACAUCCCAGAAUACAGUGAUUAUGUCAGAGUAAGGAACUACAUGAAGGAGAAGACAAGUAUCUUAUUUGGAGACAUUAAUGAGUACUCUGAACAAAGAUCUUUAACCAGUAACAGAACUCUGUUCAACCAGGGACGUCUAAAAGUUCUACUAUAUACCGAAAGAUUGCACCACUUCAGAAGAUACGAAUUGAAGGGGGUCAAAAACGUUGUAUUCUACAAGCCGCCUUCAGAUCCUGAGUUCUACAAAGAAGUUGUUAGAUACAUUGGUAAGACCGUAUUCUUGGGUGAUGCGGACCUAAACAUAUCAACCGUUCGCUGCUGUUACAGUAAGUUGGACGGUCUUGCACUUGAAAAAAUCGUCGGUACCAAGAGAACCGGUGUCUUGACUCAUGGGCAAAAUGAGACAUACGAGUUUAAGUAA